AUGAUCGAUUUUACCAACAUCGAUAUUUUCUUCUACGAUGAAUCGGUUAAUCAAAAAUCGAAUUGGAUCAUAAUCGAUUAUUAUAGAAUCGAUGCUUUCCUUGUACAUCGCCCAUCCCUAAAUCAAUCGCUUGGUGAGCAGGUUAGCAGCAGGAACGCACUGACCACGCGCAACCCCACCCAUCGCGCCGUGACAAAUGCAACUUUUACUUCCGGCUGCGUACACGGCCAUCGCGCUUGGCUUUCAUCGAGUCCGUUUGUGCUACGGUGGUGUUCACGCGACGUUCAAGUGCUAAUCUUAGCAACAUCUCUCCACGUUCCUGCUCCUACGACUGUCAUCUGCGCUCCGCAGUUCUAUAUCAUCCGAGGGAUCUCUUUUGUUUGUCGUAUGUCCAUCCAGAAUCUCAACACAUUCGACCCCUUUGCAGAUGCAAUCAAGGGUUCAGACGAUGACGUCCAGGACGGCCUCGUUCAUAUAAGGAUCCAGCAGCGGAAUGGUCGCAAAACCUUAACAACGGUGCAAGGACUUUCCUCGGAAUAUGACUUGAAGAAAAUCGUGAGAGCAUGUAAAAAGGAGUUUGCCUGCAAUGGGACAGUAAUAGAGCACCCGGAGUACGGGGAGGUGCUGCAGCUGCAGGGGGACCAACGAGAGAAUAUAUGCCAGUGGCUGACAAAGUCGGGUCUGGCAAAACCUGACCAGCUCAAAGUCCAUGGUUUUUAAUCCAUUAACAACAGCAACAAUUACCAUCCAUGCCACAACCCACAACAACAGCAGACAGCUCCAUCCCUCGUCAGCUCUACAUGAUCAUCUCAAAUUGAAUCUGUAUAUCAUUCACUAAACUUCUCGUGGGAUAUCCCGAUUAUACUAUCACGUCAACAUUAUAAAUACAUAUAUAUAUAUAUAUAUAUGUAUAUACAUGCAUAUAUGUAUAUAUAUACACAAACACGCGCGCAUAUAUAUUUCAAUAAUAAAAAGAGGAAGUAAGAAAACGAAAUAGAGAAGGAAAUAAACAAUAGAGGAAUAAAAGGCGAAUAAAAGAAAGGAGGAAGAGAUAUAGCGAAAGAAAGGGAAGAUAUAUAGGCAUAUAACCAGCGUAUACCUAUAGGCAAUAUAUCUAUUCUAAUCAGAAUCUUUUCUUGAGAUAAAAAGCAAUACGUCACACUGUAAGCCUUAUGUUAGGUGAUAGCAGCUGUUGAGGUAGGGAUUCCCCUGUCUUGCAGCAGUGGAUAGUACACAUCUGAUUUUGAUAAACAUCGUGGAAGAGAAGCGGGAGGAGGAGAAGCAUAGAUGAACGAGCGGUAAUUAGCAGCGCCGGAUGGAUGUUCGUUCUUGCAUUAGGUAGUAUGUAUCUGGGCGCGAUAGACGUGUUUCGAGAAGGCAGUAAAACUGUAGGUUGAUUGACUCGGGCUCUCCCUCUCCUCGCGUCCAUCACAUUCUUCUCUGCGAUCCUUCGUAGGAACGAUAUAAGAUUUUUUUCUUCUAUUUUUAUUUUUUUUUAACGUUUGUAAUUGAAAAUUGAGAGAGAGAGAGAGAGAGAGAGAGAGAGAGAGAGAGAGAGAGAGAGAGAGAGAGAGAGAGAAGAGAGAGAGUGAUUUCCACUCUUGUGUCCUUUUGUGAUGAUUUGUUGAAUAUUUGUAGGGCCGAUUUUGAUUCUUCCUUUCGCGUAAAGGACACCCCUCCUUCGCCCCGUAUCAUAUCUUCGCUCUUGCUUUCCAUCCCCUUUUAAGGCAGUAAUUAAAUGACGAAUUGUUUUGAAAUAAUAAUAAUAAUGAGAGUUAAUAAAAUGUGGCUGUUCUAGAUAAAUAAA